AAGUUCACCUAAGGAUGGAACCCAAGGCCCACUGACAGCUCCAAAAGUGAGUCUCUUUUUCCAGCUUUUAGAGAAAUGAAUAUGAAAAUAGGAAUAUGAUGAUGAAAGAACUUAAAAAACAGUUAUCUCCCGCGAAAAAGCACUUCCCGUGAUCAUGAAAUCAUAAUAUACACACAUUUACAACUAACUCUAAAGCCUCGUGACUCGUCACUCACUCACUCGUUCAUUUCCCUUUCUCAUUCUUUUCUUUCUUUCUCUCUCUUCCUUCCCCAACCUUCCAUCGAUAAUGGUGAAGGAAACAGAGUAUUACGAUAUCCUCGGAGUCUCUCCUUCUGCUUCCGAUGAUCAAAUUCGCAAGGCUUAUUAUCAAAAGGCAAAGCAAGUUCAUCCUGAUAGAAACCAAAACGAUCCUAAUGCCGCACACAAGUUCCAGAUUUUGGGCGAAGCAUAUCAGGUUUUGAGUGAUCCAGUGCAGAGGAAAGGGUAUGAUCAAAAUGGAAAGCAUUCUAUAUCUAGAGAAACUAUGCUUGACCCAAUGGCUGUCUUUGCCCUGCUCUUUGGAAGUGAAUUGUUUGAGGACUACGUUGGGCAUCUAGCUGUUGCAUCAAUGGCUUCUUCUGAACUAGCGGAUGAAAGUGAAGAUUUGCAGGAAAAGCUAAAGGCUGUCCAGAAAGAAAGGGAAGAAAAGCUAGCAAGAUUUUUGAAAGAUUGUCUUAGCCAAUAUGUCCGCGGUGACCAAAAAGGUUUUUUGCAGCGCGCUGAAUCUGAAGCAAAACGGCUUUCUCAUGCAGCUUUUGGAGUUGACAUGUUACAUACUAUUGGCUAUAUAUACUCAAGACAAGCAGCUCAAGAACUAGGGAAAAAGGCCCUUUAUCUUGGAGUGCCAUUUCUGGCUGAAUGGGUUCGCAAUAAAGGGCACUUUUGGAAAUCACAGUUAACAGCUGCUAAAGGUGCUUUUCAGUUGCUCCAACUUCAAGAAGAACUCAGCAACCAAUUUAAAGCGGGUGGUGGUCGCCCUGAAAAUGUUGACUCCCAUAUUCGUCUUAAUAAGGAUACUUUGUUGAAUUCACUGUGGAAGUUAAAUGUAGUGGACAUAGAAGUAACCCUUGCACACGUGUGUCAAAUGGUGCUAAAGGAAAAUAAUGUUCGGAAAGAGGAACUUAGAGUUCGAGCUAUCGCUCUUAAAAUUCUUGGGAAGAUAUUUCAGGAAAAGAAUGCAAAAGGAGAAACACUGAAGAAGAAACACACUGUUGAUUCUGAUGAUGAAGGAAGCAGUUCUGAUUCAUCAGACGAUGAAUCAUCUCAUAGAGCACUUACCUACCGAACUCCCUUUUUCAAUCAGGGUAUUGGUAGGCUCUUCAAAUGUCUUUGUAAUCCAGCAUUUGACGUGGAUGAUGAAGAGAUAGUUUACAAAAGCUAAUAAUCCGAAAACCAAAAUUCAGCACUUGUCAAUAUUUCGUUGGAUGAUAUUACUGAAAGAAAUUGAGCCUAGUUUUGUGAAGACAAUGGUACCAACCAUUAAUAUUUUGUUGUUUGUUGUAAUUACGAUGUCAUCAAAUUACAUGAGCAUACCAUACAUAACAUUUAAUCAAAUCUUGAAGCAUUUGACCACAGCACAUGACAAACUAUGUAACCAUAGUGAAAAUCUAUCUGUAUGAAUGUACUACAAGUGGCUCUAGGAAUUUGAAAUCAAUACAUUUUUCAUUGGGACUCUA